CAAACUUAUCAGAACUCUCCAAAUAAUUUACUAGUGGCUCAUAUUUGCCAUGAAAAUCUCACGAAGAUGAGAUUCAAAACCCCUCCCCUAAACAACAUUCAAAUCUUUUCCGGACACCCAUGGUUACGAGGAGAGAGAGAGGAUGAUUAAGUCACCAAUUCUACAGUCUCUAGUUUCUUCUAGAGACGAUUUAACUCAUAACCCAGAAGCAGUCAACACCUUUAGAGGUAAAGAGCAAGAAAUUUUAUACCUUUUGAAGAGAUGCAACGACGUACACGAGUUCAAGCAAAUCCACGCCAGAUUCAUCAAGCUAAGUUUUCUCUGUUCUUCUUCAUCAUUCUCAGCUAGCAGCGUUCUAGCAAAAUGCGCUCACUCCGGAUGGGACAACAGUAUGAAUUACGCAGCUUCCAUUUUCAGAGGAUUCGAUGAUCCCUGUACCUUUGAUUUCAAUACAAUGAUCAGAGGUUAUGUUAACGAAACGUGUUUCGAGGAAGCUUUAUGUGUUUACAGUGAGAUGAUAGAGAGAGGGAUUGAGCCAGAUCAUUUCACGUACCCGUGUCUUCUCAAGGCUUGCACUCGUUUGAAAUCGAUUGGAGAAGGGAAGCAGAUUCACGGGCACGUGUUUAAGCUUGGUCUUGAUGAUGAUGUGUUUGUUCAGAACAGUUUGAUCAGUAUGUAUGGAAGAUGUGGAGAGAUGGAACUCUCUUCUGCUGUUUUUGAGAAACUUGAAUUUAAAACAGCUGCUUCCUGGAGCUCAAUGGUCUCAGCUCGUGCAGCAAUGGGAAUGUGGAGCGAAUGCUUGAUGCUAUUCCGUGAAAUGUGUAGAGAAACGGAUUUGAAAGCGGAAGAAAGCGGAAUGGUUAGUGUUCUCUCGGCUUGUGCCAACACAGGUGCACUCAAUUUGGGAAGGAGCAUUCAUGGCUUCCUGCUGAGAAACAUAAGCAAACUCAACAUAGCAGUUCAAACUUCGCUUGUAGAUAUGUACGUUAAAUGUGGAUGCUUAGAGAAGGGGUUGCAGAUAUUUAAGAAGAUGGAAAGUAGGAACAGUUUGACUUACAGCGCAAUGAUCUCAGGACUUGCUUUGCACGGAGAAGGAGAAGCAGCUUUAAGAAUGUUCUCAGAGAUGAUCCAAGAAGGUUUAGAAUCAGAUCAUGUUGUCUAUGUCAGUGUUCUCAAUGCCUGUAGCCAUUCUGGUCUUGUCAAAGAAGGCCGUCGAGUCUUUGAGGAAAUGUUAAAGGAAGGUAAGGUAGAGCCAACGGCUGAACAUUAUGGAUGUCUUGUAGAUCUUCUCGGAAGAGCCGGAUUGCUCGAGGAAGCCUUGGAAACUAUCCAUAACAUGCCUAUCGAGAAAAUUAAUGAUGUUGUCUGGAGAAGCUUCUUAAGCUCGUGCAGAGUUCAUCAGAACGUUGAGCUAGGCCAAAUAGCAGCUCGUGAACUGCUUAAGUUAGCCUCACACAACCCAGGUGACUAUUUGCUGAUCUCUAACAUGUAUUCACAAGCUAGAAUGUGGGAUGAUGUAGCUAGAGCUCGAACAGAAAUUGCUACCAAGGGUUUGAAGCAAACCCCUGGUUUUAGCAUCGUCGAGGUAAAAGGUAAAACCCACAGGUUUGUUUCACAAGAUCGAUCGCACCCUCGAUGCAAAGAAAUCUACAAGAUGCUAAACCAGAUGGAAUGGCAGCUAAAAUUUGAAGGGUAUUCACCGGACUUGACACAGAUAUUGCUAAACGUAGACGAAGAAGAAAAGAGAGAGAGACUAAAAGGACACAGCCAAAAGGUGGCUAUUGCCUUUGCACUUUUGUAUACACCUCCAGGGUCUAUCAUUAAAAUAGCUAGAAACCUCAGGAUGUGUAGUGACUGUCACACAUAUACAAAGAAAAUCUCCAUAAUCUAUGAAAGAGAGAUUAUUGUAAGAGAUAGAAACAAAUUUCACCUGUUUAAAGGUGGAACUUGUUCCUGUAAAGAUUAUUGGUAGAUUUGGAUCAUUCGUUUAUUAUCUCUAUUGUUAAAUUAUUGUUCCAGACUCUUUACAAGCAUAUGAAUA